UUUAGCUUCAGUUUUGAUUCCUGUCACAUAUUGCUUGUCCUCCACGCCCAUCUGCAUCAACGCUCCGGCAAUCGGCACUUUUCGCGUUUCACUUCCUUCGCCAUGCUUAUAAGUCUACACUUGCUCGACUUGCAUGCAUGCUAAUCUCAGGCUAGCACUAAAUCUAUUCGUAAGACGAGGGAAUAAUAUUAUCCGGAGCACAUCCCCGUUUGCCAUUUCCAAGCUCUCUUCAUUCUCCAAAGCAGUAACGAUGGUCGAAUCGGAGACCAAAAGUUCAGAGAUGGAGAAAAAAGAUAGCACCGAGGCGGGUUUGGCGUCGGAGCCGAAACAGCUUACUCCGGAGGAGCUUGAAAGGAAGAAGAAGAAAGAAGAGAAGGCUAAAGAGAAGGAGCUGAAAAAGCUUAAGGCUGCACAAAAGGCAGAAGCAGCCAAACUUCAGGCACAGCAAUCUUCAAAUGCUCCAAAAACAGGGAAGAAAAAGAACUUAAAACGAGAGGGAUUAGAAGAUAAUCCUGAGGAUUAUGUUGAUCCAGAAACGCCUCUGGGUGAGAAGAAACGUAUCUCUCGUCAAAUGGCAAAAGCAUACAAUCCCAGUGCUGUAGAGAACUCGUGGUAUGCUUGGUGGGAAAAGUCAAAUUUCUCUGUUGCAGAUUCCAGCAGCUCAAAGCCGCCUUUUGUGAUUGUCCUGCCACCACCGAAUGUGACUGGAGCUCUACAUAUUGGCCAUGCCCUUACUGCUGCCAUUCAGGAUACCAUUAUUCGUUGGCGUAGAAUGUCUGGAUACAAUGCCUUGUGGGUGCCUGGGAUGGAUCAUGCUGGGAUUGCAACACAGGUGGUGGUGGAGAAGAAUCUCAAGAAAGAAAUGAAUAAGACAAGACAUGACUUUAGUCGUCAGGAGUUUGUAGACGAAGUCUGGAAGUGGAAAAAUAAGUAUGGUGGCACCAUAUUGAAACAACUUAGGCGUUUAGGUGCAUCUCUUGAUUGGUCUCGUGAGUGCUUUACCAUGGAUGAGCAAAGGUCAAAAGCAGUGACUGAAGCUUUUGUAAGGCUCUAUGAAGAAGGUCUCAUAUAUAGGGAAAUCCGACUUGUGAACUGGGAUACCAUUUUGAAAACGGCAAUAUCUGAUAUUGAGGUACUGCACGACGAUGUAUUUGGGAGAGAACUACGACAGAUCCCCGGUUACAAAGACCCUGUGGAAUUUGGUGUUCUCACGUCUUUUGCAUAUCCUCUUGAAGGGGAUCUUGGUGAGAUUGUUGUAGCCACUACAAGAGUUGAGACAAUGCUAGGGGAUACCGCUAUUGCUGUACAUCCCGAUGACAAAAGAUACAAGCACCUUCAUGGAAAAUUCGCUAUUCACCCAUUUUACGGAAGGAAGCUUCCUAUUAUUUGUGAUGCAAUUCUUGUUGACAUGCACUUUGGUACUGGUGCUGUUAAGAUAACUCCAGCCCAUGAUCCAAAUGAUUUUGAGGUCGGUAAGCGACAUAAUCUUGAAUUUAUCAAUAUUUUUACUGAUGAUGGGAAGAUUAAUAGGAAUGGAGGCUCAGAAUUUGAUGGUAUGCUGCGCUUUGAAGCCCGUGUGGCCUUGACUGAAGCUUUAAAGAAAAAGGGGCUCUAUCGGGGUUUUAAAGAUAAUCCGAUGCGCCUUGGUAUUUGUUCUAGAAGCCAGGAUGUGGUGGAGCCCCUAAUAAAGCCUCAGUGGUAUGUCAACUGCAAAGGGAUAGCUAAGGAAGCUCUUGAUGUUGUCAUGAAUGAUGAUAACAGGAAAAUUGAAAUCAUCCCCAAGCAGUAUGCUGCGGAGUGGAAGAGAUGGCUUGAGAAUAUUCUUGAUUGGUGCAUCUCAAGACAGCUUUGGUGGGGUCAUCAAAUUCCUGCCUGGUAUGUGACUCUGAAGGAUGAUGAACAGAAAGAAAUUGGUUCCUAUAAUGGCCGCUGGGUGGUUGCGCGAAAUGAGAAAGAGGCCCAAGAGGAGGCUCAACAACUUUGCCCUGGAAAGCAGUUCCAGUUGUCUCAAGAUCCUGAUGUGCUGGAUACCUGGUUUUCUUCUGGUUUGUUUCCAUUGACUGUUUUGGGAUGGCCAGAUGAUACUAAAGACCUAAGGACAUUUUAUCCAACUUCUGUUCUUGAAACUGGUCAUGACAUUCUUUUUUUCUGGGUGGCACGCAUGGUUAUGAUGGGAAUUAAGCUGGGUGGCGAUGUACCUUUCAGAAAGGUUUAUUUGCACCCAAUGAUUCGUGAUGCACAUGGGCGUAAGAUGUCCAAGUCAUUGGGAAAUGUGAUUGAUCCCCUUGAUGUAAUUACUGGAAUAACGCUGGAAGAGCUUCAUAAGAAACUAGAGGAGAGUAACUUGGAUCCUACAGAACUAGAGAAAGCUAAAGAAGGACAGGUGAAAGAUUUUCCCAAUGGUAUUCCUGAAUGUGGUGCAGAUGCUCUUCGUUUUGCCCUUGUGUCCUAUACAUCUCAGUCUGAUAAAAUUAAUCUAGAUAUUCAAAGAGUGGUUGGAUAUCGUCAGUGGUGUAACAAACUGUGGAAUGCUAUAAGGUUUGCAAUGGGCAAACUUGGAGAUGAUUACACACCUCCAGUAGAUGUAGUUCCUGACGUCAUUCCAUUUAGCUGCCAAUGGAUACUCUCAGUGUUGAACAAAGCCAUAUCAAAAACUGUCCUUUCCCUUGAUUCAUAUGAAUUCUCAGAUGCAGCAACAGCAAUAUACUCAUGGUGGCAGUUUCAAUUAUGCGAUGUGUUUAUUGAAGUGAUCAAGCCUUAUUUUUCUAGCAAGGAUUCAGAAUUUGUAUCAGAGAAAAAAUUUGCGCAAGACACUUUAUGGGUAUGUUUGGAUACUGGAUUACGAUUACUUCAUCCAUUCAUGCCAUACAUCACAGAAGAGCUGUGGCAGCGCCUGCCUUCUAGAAGUGAUUGUGCAAGGAAAGAAUCUAUUAUGAUAUGUGAUUAUCCAUCCACUGUUGAGGUGUGGAAUAAUGACACAGUUGAAUCUGAGAUGGAUCUGGUUGAAGCUGUUGUUAAAUCCCUGAGGUCAAUAAGGUCAUUGUUGCCUGCAAAUGAAAGACAUGAAAGGCGGUCAGGGUUUGUCCUUUGUCGAUCCAAUGAUGCCACUGGUAUCAUCCAACGCCGUCAGCUGGAGAUUUCAACACUAGCAUCUUUAUCAUCAAUUACAGUUUUAGGUGAGAAUGAUGUCUCUCCAGCUGGAUGUGCAGUAUCUGUUGUAAACGAAGUGGUAUCUGUCUACCUGGAACUUCGAGGGAGCAUUAAUGCUGAAGCUGAGCGUGAAAAGCUGAAGAUAAAGAUGGAGGAGAUUCAAAAGCAACGGGAUAGCUUAGAGAAAAUGAUGAAUGCUUCAGGGUACAAGGAGAAAGUACCGGCCCAUAUCCAGGAAGAGAAUGUUGCAAAGCUUUCCUCACUGAUGAAGGAAAUUUUAUCUUUUGAGGAAGCAUUCCAACAUUUGGAACGUAAAAUGGAAACAUGACUUGUAUGACUCUGAUUCGCUGUGAAUGUUAUUAUUAUAGAGGAACUACUUAUAAUUACUGUGUCCAAAAGAAGUUGUUGCAUUUGUAAGUUUUCAUUUACUUCCAUUCAGAUCUUGAUUCAGCAAGCUUAAACCAUUUUGAGUAAACUGAUAAUCGGCUUUUAUUGAUCCCAUUCUGAACUGCCUUUUCUUCAA